AUGAAGGAGUUCCCUCGGAAAUUCCUCAGCUUGCGCGACAAGAAUGGCGCAGGCCGUAGAUCUAAGUCGGCAACACCAGCGCCGCCUGUACCAGCAACCUCUGACAACGCCAACAAGAACAAGCCUCGUCCGCUUUCUGCAGGCGCCUUCAUGGCCAUGUUCAAGACAGACAACGCCAAGCCAGGCGCCAAAGCAGAUGCAGAGAAGGAAAAGGACACAGCAAGAGUCGAGGAGAUUCUACGACGGCUUGACGAGCUCAACAUAACAAAUGUCACCGCUGACCACAUCAACGACAUCAUGGCCACCAAGUUCGCCGACCACGACCCGAAAAAGACGGUCGAAUUCAUCGACAUGGAGCAGAAGGCGGCAGCUGGCAUCAUCACCCCUUACGACCCAAGCGUGGAAAUGGUUGGUGCCGAGAAUCGCGGCAACGUAACGUGUUACUUGGACGCCCUGCUCUUCUCCAUGUUUGCCAAGCUUGACGCUUUUGAGUGCAUGCUCAAGAAUGAGUUUCCUGAGGAAGACAACCGCAAUAAGCUCGUCACUCUCUUGCGCAUGUGGGUAAACAUGCUGAGGACUGGAAAGCUAGUACACACAGAUCUGACCAAGCUGAUCCAGGACGCCUUGGCUGACUGUGGCUGGUCAGAUGCUCGGAUGCUCGAGCAACAAGAUACUUCGGAAGCUUUUGCUUUCAUCACGGAAACUCUACAGCUACCCCUCCUAUCAUUGCAGGUCGACCUUUUCCACCAAGGCAAGAAGGAUAAGGACGACCACAAGGUUGUCUACGAACGUCUCCUGAACCUUGCCGUACCCCCGGAUCCCGAAGAUAAGGGAAUCAAGUUGGAGGAUUGUCUCGAGGAGUACUUCAACGCCCAGGUCGACGUCAAGCGAGACAGCGAAGAUGGGAAGAAGCUCGGCGUGGAAGAUAGGAGCUACAGCGAGCCACCAACGCUGAAGCAUAGGGAUACUAUUCGGAUCAUCACCGAGGAAAGGGGCGAACCAUCAACACCCAUCACUGCCUCCCCGACGACUAUCACUCCCAUCGAGAGGACACCCACCGCCGAGAAAGGGCCGAUUCUUGGGGGCCACGACGUCAAGACCAAAGAUGGCGAUGUUCCUGAUGAUGAGGAGGUGGGUGAAGUCACCACCAUCGAAAUAGCACAGGAACGCAAGCCAUCCGUUCGAGCAAGGUCAACAAGUGUUAUCCAGCGUGUCGUUCUCGAUGAGCAGGGUCGUCCAUCUACCCCUGACAAUAUCACGGUACUCCAAAAGGCCAUGAGAAAGGGCUCGACUGUGGUCAAGGCCGUAACAAUCCCUGCGUGGCAAUUUUUCAGACUUAUUCCAUGGCAUGCGUUGACAAGCUCUGAGCCCCGAAACAACGUCGACGUUGCCCUGAACUUUGACCAACGACCAGUUGUAGGCAUCUGCCUCAAACGUUAUGCCAUGACCGAGUCGGGUCACCCCAAGCGUCAUAACACCUUCAUCGACAUACCUGACAGCCUCAGGCUCCCGCACUUUAUGCUCGCUGACGAGAUCAAGACGGAGGAGGAAUCGAAUGUCCUUAACAUGGAGUACAAGCUCGUUCUUCAAUCCGUCAUCUGCCAUCGUGGUGAUUCGUUACAAAGUGGACACUACAUCGCGUUCGCCAGAGUUGCCCCCAAGCUCCUGAAGGAUAACCGGCGGCACAAUUUCGAUCCUCCCCCGGAUUACGAGGAGGCUCAAUGGGUCAAGUUCGAUGACCUACAGAUCGAGAACCGUGUCACCUACGUCGACGACAUCAAGAGGGCCCUAAGAGAAGAGAUGCCGUAUCUGCUCUUUUAUCAGAUCGUACCAAUGGUCGACGUUGCCCCUCCUUCUGUCGACGACACCGAAACUGAGCCGCCAUCAUAUAACGAGUCCAAGGUUAGCAUCGAGCUGCCUCCCACACCAACCCGAAGCAACCAACUGGGAAUCUCGGGCCAGGACGAGAGCUACUUUGACAAUACUCCAACCAUUGAGAGCUCUCAGCUAUAUCCCAGCAAACCACCGAGCAUUCGGCUCUCUUCAGACAGCGAACGCCCCCCUAGAAGGAGUGGUGAGGGUGCAGAUUUCCACCAGGGAUCUCUCCUCGGAGAUUCUCGUCGCCCUAGCGUGGUCUGGACGGACUCGACUUCUCCAACCCCCAACUCUCACUCUCCAGCCGUGACACCCAACGAAGAAUCUACGGCAUCCAGGUUGUCUCGCGCGGCAUCGCGGUUCGCCAAGGUCAACAGGAGUCGACCAAGCAGCCAGAACGGCGACAAUCGUAUCAGCUUUUCAAUGAGCCGCUUGGGAGGGCUCAUGCGGCCAAGCAAGGAGCCUUUGGUGGAUCCCAAGGCUGACCCCAAGGCAGAUCUCAAGGUGGAUUCCAAUCCUCUUGGGAUGUCCUCGGCCAACUCUACAGGAGUUUUGACCAUGGAGCUAUCCAAGGAGUCCAAGAGCAGCACCGAUGGAGCUGAAGCACCUGCCGAGCCAGAGGCCGAGCCUCAUCACCAUCACCAUGGUGGGAAGCAUGGCCAUAAGCGAAUCAAGUCCAAGGAUAAGAUCAAGAACAAGAACAACCCCCAACCAGAGCGAGAAUGCACGGUGAUGUAA